AUGUUCUCGCCUCGCAAUUAUGAAGAGGAGGAUGACGAAUCCCUCUGGCCGCGCUUCCUCCUCCCAAAUGUCGGCGAUACAGAAGAUAUUGAGAGAUACGCGCUAGGCGGCUUCCAUCCCGUUCACUUGGGUGACACCUACGAUGAUGGGCGCUAUAGAAUUGUGCACAAGCUUGGUGCCGGCGGGUUCUCUACUAUUUGGCUAGCGCGAGACGAGAGCGAGAAGAAGUGGGUGGCUUUGAAAAUUGUCGUCGCGGAACAUUCUACACCAAUUGGUGACAAGAGUCUCUUAAGUCGCCGGGCCGCCUCGAAUUUCUCCAGUGAACUGACAUUUGUCGCUGAGCAUCGACGGUUUACUAUUGAAGGACCAAACGGUCGCCAUCUAUGUUUCGUUUUGCCCGUUUUCGGCCCAUCUUCGUCUCGGUUGUCUUCAGGCUUCACUUCUAGACUCAAACCAUGGCUCUCUCGGAGGGCUAGCUAUCAAGCAACAAAAGCGGUAGCUGGCCUCUACGCGCAAGGUCUGUGUCACGGAGAUGUAACAACCGCGAACAUUCUCUUCACCCUGUUGGAUAUCGACCGCCUUGGGGAAACUGAAAUCUACAGCUUAUUUGGAUCGCCUGUGACAGCGGUGCUAGAAACUGAGUCUGGGGAGGCAACCGGCCCCGAGGCACCACGAUACAUCGUAAAGACACUCGACUUUCUGUCUUCCAAAUCAAACAUCAUCAGCAACGAUGUCAGGCUCAUUGACUUCGACCAAUGUUUCCCCAUUUCAUCCCCGCCUGAAAAGAUGUUGGGUACUCCAGUUGAGUUUCUGGCACCAGAGGUAGCAGUUGGCUUGCCAGCCAGCCCUGGGAGCGAUGCCUGGGCCCUCGGUUGUUGCAUAUUUCGACUCCGGUCCGGGGAGGGCCCAUUUUCAAACUAUGAGGUCACUUCUCCUGGGGAUUUGAUGAGGAUCAUUAUCCAAACCAUAGGGGAUAUGCCUCUUGAGUGGCAGGAUACCCUCUGGGACUACGACGGGCAGCCAACAAAGGAUCCUAGCAAAGGUAAGCGGCUCGAGAAAUGGGAGGGCGAACGGUCCUUGAAGGAUUUAGUCUACAAGAUAUGGGACCAGCCGGAGGGUGAUGUCGUCCAGACGGGCACGACUUGGCCGGAGCAUAAAGUGUGGGACGACGACAACAAACCGUUUCCCUCUUGCUUCUCGAAUAUGGUAUGGAAGCCUACGGCCACUAAGGUAGACAAUGUCUACCUCUUUGGCUACGAUGACGAGUCGGACGCGCUGCUAGAGGCAAUGCCUAAGAUCGCGGAACUCGAGGCUGCCUUGCUCUACGACCUUUUGUCUAAGAUUUUUGUCUACGACCCGAAGAGGCGGCCGACCGCCGACGAGAUACUCAACCACCCUUGGUUUUAUAUGGAUGGCCAGCUUGAUUGA